UUGUUUGCGUGGGCCUGAGGUUAGAGGACAGUCCUCAGACAGAUCAGAUCUGAUGAUUGAGUCCUUCUGUUUGAGGAGAACCUGGACACCAGGACACUGUCUGAGCCGGUCAGAACCUGCACGCGGAGCCGCUCCACAGAUGAAGGAGCGCAGCAAGAACGCAGCGAAGAGCCGCAGAGAGAAGGAGAACGGAGAGUUCAGCGAGCUGGCCAAGCUGCUGCCUCUGCCGGCAGCCAUCACCUCUCAGCUGGACAAGGCCUCCAUCAUCCGCCUCAGCAGCAGCUACCUGCGGAUCAGAGCGCUCCUCCCUCACGGUCUGGGUGAUGGAUGGGACCAGUCAACCACCCUCAGUCCUCUGGACAGCAUGGCUAAGGAACUGGGCUCACACCUGUUACAGACUCUAGAUGGAUUUGUGUUUGUUGUUGCGGCAGAUGGUAAAAUCAUGUACAUCUCAGAAACAGCAUCAGUCCACCUCGGCUUGUCCCAGGUGGAGCUGACUGGAAACAGUAUAUUUGAAUAUAUUCACCCAUCAGACCAUGAUGAGAUGACAGCCGUACUGAGCCUUCCUCAGACACAUCUUCAUCAUCUCUCUGCAGAAUGUGAAGUUGAGCGGUCCUUCUUCCUGAGGAUGAAGUGUAUCCUUGCUAAACGAAAUGCUGGAUUGACAUGUGGAGGAUAUAAGGUGAUCCAUUGCAGCGGCUACCUGAAACGGCACCAGUGCCCCCUGGGACCAGUUCUGUCUGAGUCCAGUCACCAGCGUGUGGGACUGGUGGCAGUGGGACACUCUCUGCCUCCUAGUGGAGUCACGGAGAUCAAACUCCACAGCAACAUGUUCAUGUUUCGGGCCAACCUCGACCUAAAACUCAUCUUUCUGGACAUGAGAGUGGCCGAGCUAACGGGCUACGAGCCUCAGGACCUGAUCGAGAAGACCCUUUACCAUCACGUGCACACGUGUGAUGUUCUACAUCUGCGCUAUUCCCACCAUUUAUUACUGGUGAAAGGACAAGUCACCACUAAAUAUUAUCGCAUGUUAUCAAAGCACGGCGGCUGGGUGUGGGUGCAAAGUUAUGCCACCAUCGUUCACAACAGCCGCUCAUCAAGACCUCACUGUAUCGUGAGCGUGAACUACGUCCUCACCGACACUGAGUGUAAGGAGCUGCAGUUAUCUGAAGACCAGACUCAGACAGCCAAGCCUCCUCUCAGUUUGGCUUCUUUCCAAAAACACUACAAACAGCUCAGGACUCGAGCUGCUAAACCAAUGCCCAGAGGUAGACUAGCUCUGUGUCCUGAGCAGGAGACCUCCCGGCUCCUCCAACCGACCUUCUCAAGCUUCUUCCCACAGAAAGGGAUGUGGAAACAAAGAGCUACGUCCCCAAUGGGACCCUACAAGGAAAAGAGUCCUAACCCCACCCAUGCAGCAGGUUGGGUGUCCUGCAGCCCUGCUUACAAUCUGACCCUCCAGAAUCCCUCCAAGUACCAGCAUCUGGACCCACGGAACCAGCUUUCUUACUCAGUUACGUCCUCUCAGCUCAUCAAAUCCGUGCACACUUCUGGACCUGCUGGCUGGAACAGCUGCAGUCCCACAGCAUCCAACAUACACACAGGCAUGGUUCCUUCUCUAAUAACCAAAGGCUCCGCUGAGCUUUCAUGGUGA